AGGGGGGGAGUAGCAGCAGCAUGUUGAUGCGCUCCCUGCACAGACUCAGGUAUGUUGUUACCUGCCUCCUGCUCCUCGUCCCCGCCGCCUGUGUCCAGCUGACAGCCCGCUCCAGCGGGCACGGAAAAUGGUUGCAGAUCGAAGCGGUGAAGAGAGGGAUCCUGGAUUACCUGGGCUUGGAGCAGCCCCCUGCCAUCGGCAGGAGUGUGAGCCGGGAGGAGGAGGAGAGAAUGUACCAGCUCUUCCUGGUCAACGUUAGCGGCGGCAGCAGCAGCAGCAGCGGCAGAGCUGGGAUCCCGGCUACAGCGGGCACCAGCCUGCAUGUCAUCCCCGUCCUGGUUGGCGGCGCUGGACAUGGCGGAGCUGCAACCUCCAAGAACUUUGACCAGAGACUCACUUUCUGCUUCUUCAACAGUUCAGACAUUUACCCAGGUCUGAGGAUUGUCCGGGCCGAGUUAAAACUCUUCCAGCACCUCCUGGCCAACCAGUCUCUCCAGAGGUCAAGCCCCGUCUCCGGGAGACGUGCCAGCGUGUACGAGAUAUUGGAGGCCACCAGCCCGGGUGGAGAACCUUCUUACCGACUAUUGGACACCAAGUCCCUGGACUCUGGGCCCGUGGCCGGCGUCAGCUUCGACGUGCGCCCCCUGGUGGAACGUUGGAUGGGCAGCGGGCUGCAGCAGGUCCAGGUGCAGCUCCAGCACCACCCGCCCCAUCCCGACCGCCCGCUGGUCCAGGUGGGCGACCGCGUGCGGCUGGAGAUCGAGACGCGGGUCCAGGGACGUCGGGGGCGGAGGGCGGCCAGCUCCGGGGAGGACUGCCGCCGGAGGCAGAGGAGCUGCUGCAGGAAAUCCCUCCGGGUUUCCUUCAAGGAGAUCGGCUGGAACGACUGGAUCCGGGCGCCCGAGUCCUACAACAUGUACAACUGCGGAGGCGCCUGCCCCGCCAACUACAGGCCGGCCAACAUGCACGCCAUGAUCAAGUCCGCCAUGCACCAGCUGUCGGGCGGCACCAGCCCGGCGCUCUGCUGCAUCCCCGCAGCCUUCGAACCCAUGACCCUGCUGCACUACAGCAGCGAGGGAACUCUCACACUCACUGCCUUCGAGGGAAUGAUUGUCACCAAUUGUCACUGCUCCUGAUCCCCAACCAACUCCCCAUCUCUCCAGCCCACCAACCCCCCCCUCUAGGCGUCACACAGUCCGUCCGCUCAUUGUUAUGUGGCCAACGGUGUCCAUCUCACUGACCCAGCCAGUGUCCCAGUUCUACAGUGUCUCGUCCCCAACACUAACCCCCGACACAACUCACCAUCCACCGGUCAACAUGAAUCCAUGGCUGAACAUCAGAGGUAACCCAACAGGAGAAACUCAAUGGUUAUUGGCAAUAGACAAUAGGUGCAGGAGUAGGCCCUUCGAGCCAGUACCGCCAUUCAAUGUGAUCAUGGCUGAUCAUCCCC